AAUCUGAACAACUUUUUGUGGAGACACCAAUGAAACUCCUCCAAGUGGCUCUUCCAGAUAGGCGGAGCCUCCACUUUUGGUUUUUCCCACCUUCCUUUAUCAGUACUUUGAUCACACUGCUGGUAUUAACAAAUAACAACCGAUCAGAUUGAUCGGUUUGGCGUUUGAGCUUCUUGUUCGUAGUUUGGAGCUUUCACACGAACCUCUGAAAAUGGUAGAGGAAGAGAGACCAACAGAACAGAACCACAAGUCUCCACGAACGAGAGGAUAGUCUGCUGCAUAGGCGACCUCCAUGGCCAUAUCUCGAGGCUCCAGAAGCUCGGGUCCAAUCUCGAAAUCGUAAUCGGCCCACCUUCAUUCCAGACCGCGCUGAUCAUCUUCUUGGGCGACUACUGCGACCGAGGCCCCGAUACUCGAAGUGUGAUCGACUUCUUGAUCUCACUCCCUUCCAGGUAUCCGAAGCAAACCCAUGUCUCUAUCUCUGGGAAUCAUGACCUCGCCUUCGCUACUUUUAUAGGGGUGCUCCCUCCACCGCCCGAUAGAUCAACGUUCGCCGAGACGUGGAAGGGGUUCGAGCAGAAGGGUGGUAUAAGGGAGCUGGGUAUGAAAACAUGCAUAUUCAAGAGAGACUCUAGGGUGGCUCCGUUGAUUUUCCAGACUGCAAGGGUUCCAUCUUUGACUCUGCACCCACAUUCCAGUCUUAUGGGGUUCCCCAUGGUUCUACAGGAUGAUGUCUGCAUUGAGACUUCAGAAGGAAGAAAACACUGCAAAUUGAUAGCUGUUUAUGCAGGUUUGGAGAAAACGAAAGGAGUCCCAGAACAGCUCAUCAAGCUUUUGAGAACCAGGGACACAAGCCAACCUAAGAUCGUUGCUCUCACUGGGAGGAGCAAUGUUCUAGAUAUCCCACAGUUGCAGGAAUUAGUUGAUUGUCCAACACCAAUAGUGGUAGUAAGCGGCCACCAUGGAAAGCUUGAGCUUAAUGGCCUUAGGCUGAUCAUCGAUGAAAGUGGUGGACAAGAGAACAAACCAUUGGCUGCCAUCGUGUUCCCAUCAAUGAUGGUUGUCCGGGACAUUGGUGAUGAUAUAACAAGCCAGCCUUAAUUGUACGUUUGACGCAUUCUCAUGGAGGCUGUUUCGCAAGUGUUUUUUAGAUCUUCUGAUAGAUUUGACAGUUAAAAGAUAAUGUGAUCUUUUGUAUUAAGAUCUUAACACCUUAAAGACCAUUUGGUUAAGGCGUUUUUUCAAAGUGAUCCAAAACGGACUUCCC